UGCAUUGCCAAUUGCGCAAAUCAAUAGGUCUGAGCUCCGGUCAGUUGGAAUUACGUACCAAGGAUGUCGAACGUUCUGAACACGAUCCUUGCCGUGGACAAGGAGCAGGAGCUGCUGCAGAGCUUCAUUCGCACCGGCGCUGCGGCGGAGGAAGAGUCGCUCGAAGAGGGCAAUCGCCGGUCCAAGGGUCGUUCCCACAAGACUCCAAUCUGGGAGCGGCGAGACUCCACUGAGCGCGGUGGUCGGAACAAGGACGGCAAGAGCGGGGGCGGAGAUGACGGAGCCGGAGGAGGUGCUGGAGGCGAUGGUGGGGGCGGCAAGCGGGGCAACCGCAUAGAGGCCGAGCUGCGGGCCGCCCGGAAGCGGAUAGAGGAGCAGAUAGCGAAAAAGAAGAAGCCCAAGGAGAACUUUGUGGACUUCUACACUGACAAGGAUCGGGCGGCGGCCGUUAGUGCCGGAGCCUUCGACAUCAAGCAAAGUCUGCAGAUCAAGCAGAAGCAGGACCGGAACGAGGCGCUGCUUAUUCCGGACGAGGCUGACAUCAGUUCCGUCAUCGCUCUGGGUCUCAAGGAGAUCAAGAACGCCAAUCCGGAGAACGCGAUACAUUUCUUCUGCAAGGCCUUGGAACUGAAUGCCACGGACAUCAAUGCUCUCAUCUCACGGAGCAAGUGCUACCUGCUGCUGGGCGAAGCCUCCAAGGCUCUCCAGGAUGCGGAAACAGCGCUAGGCGAGGAGAAGAACAACAUCCGAGCCAUCUACCAGAAGGCCGAGUCGCUCUACUAUCUCGGGCAGUUCGAACAGAGUCUCAUGUUCUUCCACCGGGGACUCCGUGCCCGUCCGGAGCUGGCCUCCUUCCGUCUGGGCGUCCAAAAGACCCAGGAGGCCAUUGAGAACACCAUUGGAACGAAGCCUGCCCCGGUGGCGGGGGCAGCCUCUGCUUCGGGCCAGAAGAGCGGCAAGACACGGCGGUCUGAGGAGGAUACACCGAAGUCCCAGGCCGCUCCGGCCACCGGAAGCAGCGCCAGGACACGCCAGAAGCCAAGUCGAGCGGAUUUGGAGCGUCGCAACGCCCGGAAGCUUCUGGGCGAGCUCUGCGUAGACAAGGAGUACCUAGAGAAGCUGCUGCUCCAUCCGGACCUGGUGCGGGCGGACACCCACACCGAGAGCAUAUCCACCUAUGCCCGCGAGGCCGUGGAGUUCCUCAACAAGAGGCAGGAGUUCUGGCGCCAGCAAAGACCCUGCACGGCGUUGCCCAACCACAAGAACCUGCCCCAGGAUGCUCUGCCCAAGUGGUUCUAGAGGAUUACCCUCUUCCACACACACCAUACACACCUGUUGAUGUUUUCCGUAAAGCUAUUAAACUGUUGCCCCAAUAACCAGAUCC